AUGGACGAAAAGCACAGCGGCUCGGGUCGCAACUCGACCGAUGUCCGUGACACCGAAGUUCCAUUUGCUGCCGAUGAGGUUGUUUGCCCGCCGCACACAACUGAGCGGCGCCUGAUGGCAAAGAUCGACAUGCGAGUCGUGCCGUUUCUCUGCAUCAUGUACCUGCUUGCAUUCCUGGAUCGUGUCAACAUUGCCAACGCAAAGCUGUUUGGCCUCGCUGGUGAUUUGGAUCUCGGCACUGGCGACAAGUACAACACGGCUCUGGUCAUCUUCUUCGUGCCCUACUGCAUCUUCGAGGUGCCCUCCAACAUCCUGCUCAAGAAAUUCAAGCCCCAUGUCUGGCUGUCCAUCAACAUGUUCCUCUUUGGCUUUACCACCAUGAUGCAAGGCCUGGUCAAGAGCUACGGCGGCCUGCUCGCCACGCGCUUCUUCCUCGGCCUUUUCGAGACUGGCAUGUUUCCAGGAGCCUUCUACCUCAUUGGCAUGUGGUAUAAGCGAUCUGAGGCCCAACGACGUUACUCUUUCUUCUUCAACAGCACGACCCUCGCCGGUGCCUUUGGUGGUCUCCUUGCCGCCGCCAUUGGCAAGAUGGACGGCCUGCGUGGCUACCACGGCUGGCGCUGGAUCUUCCUCAUCGAGGGUGGUCUCACCGUCUUCGUCAGCUUCUUCUUCUUCUUCCUUCUGCCAGACUUCCCUGAGGAAGCCAAAUGGCUUACUGAGGACGAGCGCGUGUACGUCGCAGCACGUCUCCGCGUCGACCAGGGCACCGGCUCUGGCCACGUGAAGAGAAUGACGAUCAAGGAUAUCCUGAACGUGUUCAAGGACUGGAAGGUCAUCGCCGGUGGCUUCAUGUACUUUGGCCUCAUUGUCCCCGCCUACGGCUAUGCCUACUUUGCUCCCACGAUCAUCUCGACCUUCCACUACAACCCCAUUGAAACUCAGCUGCGCAGCGUCCCACCGUGGGCCGCCGCUUUCGGCUUCUCUCUUCUCAUUGCUACCCUGUCCGAUAGAUUGCGCCACCGAUUUGCGUUUGCCAUUGUCAGCAUGUUUAUUGCCAUUGCUGGCUUUGCCAUUCUCCUUGCAGAGCACAGUAACAAGAAUGUCCAGUACGGCGCGCUGUUCCUCAUCACGUCUGGCGCAUACACUGCCAUGCCCAUCGUCGUCGGCUACGGUAACCUGGGCGGCAUCAUUGCUGUCUUCAUCUUCUUGACCAAGGAUGCGCCCAAGUUCACUACGGGUUACAGCGUGUGCCUUGCGUUUACAGUCAUCUCCAUGAUUGCAUCAACCAUUUACGGAAUUGGCUGCUUGAUGGCCAACAAGCAGAGGGACAACAUGACUGAAGUCCCCGACCUUACGGAGGAAGAGAAGACAGAGCUAGGCGACUUGAACCCCGAAUAUCGGUACCUGCUGUAA